GCCAGGCGGGCGGGAAGGCGGAAGGACUGAAUACAGUGCACAGCGAGUUCUCCUCGCUUCUGCAUCUCGCGCGCUCCGGGCCGCAGCAUGGAGGCUGGACUCUUAUGGUUUUGCAACUGGAGCACGCUGGCCGUGUGCGCCGCGCUCAAGCUGCCGCAGAUCUACGCGCAGCUGGCGGCUCGCAGCGCUCGGGGCAUCAGCCUCCCGAGUUUACUUCUGGAGGUGGCGGGGUUCCUGGUUUUCCUUCGCUACCAGUGUUACUAUGGGAACCCACUGCUCACCUACCUGGAAUACCCCAUUCUCAUCAUACAAGACAUCAUCCUCCUGCUCUUCAUCUUUCAUUUCAAUGGGAACGUGAAGCAGGCUGUGCCCUACAUGACUGUAUUUGUGUCUUCUUGGUUCAUCCUCAGUCUGCAGAAGUGGAUCAUUGACCUGGCCAUGAACUUGUGUACAUUCAUCAGCGCAGCCAGUAAGUUUGCUCAGCUCCAGUAUCUGUGGAAGGCUCAGGACUCCGGAGCUGUAAGCGCAUUGACCUGGGGCCUGUCUGCCUACACCUGUGCAACAAGAAUAAUAACAACUUUAAUGACCACCAAUGAUUUGACAAUUCUUACCCGUUUUGUGAUCAUGCUCGCUUUAAACAUAUGGGUCACAGCUACAGUACUUCAUUAUCGGAAGCCCAUCACGAAAGCUGAAUGAUGGAUACAUCCUUUCAACAUUUCAACAUGACUGAACCAGAGGGAAAGUACAGCUUUCCAUUGCUGCAUUUAAAGUCUUUACAAGUCAAGUCAGUCAUUUCAGAAAUCUUUAAGUCAGAUUUGCUAUAUUUGAAAGAGCCACUUAGUUGGAUAUGGUAGUGCAAACCUAUAAUCCCAGCACUGGGGAAAAUGAGCCAGCCUGGCCCACAUAGCAGAUCCUAAGGGAGGCAGGCAGGGAAGGUGUUAAUAGCUACUUAUUUAAAAAUGCCAACUUCCCUCCCCCACUCCUUGUUUUAGACAUCUGAUACAUUUAUUUUUUUAAGAUGGUGUCUUACUACAUAGCUCAGGCUGGUGUUCAAUCUGUGAUCCUCCUUCCUCAGCCUCCCUUGAGCACUGGGGACUGUUGGACUAUAGGUUUGGGCCACCAUACCCAGCUAGACACCUGCACUUUUAACAUCUGCAGAGAUGAGAGUUGCCUAAGAGACCACUUUGACCCUUAGAGUCAUUUAAGUUCUCUCUGAUGAGUCACUGAAUCUUAAGAAACAAGUCUCUCCAUAGGAGUGAGAUUCUGCUCAGUAGGACUGUAGAACAGGAGGGUUCACACCUUGAGUUGGCCUUGUUUGUUACAAUAGUGUAACAUCUGCUCAAACUAAGCAAAGGUGUCAAAGUAAGCAGAGCUAUAACUAAGUUGUUUAUAUACUAAUGCAGUCCUUUAGCUUCACAAUGUGCCUUUAAGGAAUUCUAAACAGAGCUGCAAUCUCAGAUUAGGUGAGGAAAUCCCUAAAGACUUUCUAAUUAAAGCACAAUGCUGCCAUUUUUUAAAAGGGCUAUACCUACACAAUUGCCACUGCUUUAAUUCAAUACAGGUUUUUAGCUACUGGAAGCUAUGCAGUAAAGAGCUAAGUCCUACCCAAUUCUUAGGGAUUUUAUUCUUAUUAAAGUAACAUAUCCUAAGUAUUAUUGCACACAGUACUUUCCUCUGAUGUCUCAUAAAACUCAUAACUUUAAAAAGCUCUUCUUUGGGCCAGGUGUGGUAGUGCACGCCUUUCAUUCCAGCACUGGGGAGGUAGAGGUGGGUGGAUCUCUGUGAGUUCUGGGCCAGCUGGGGCUACAGGGAGACCCUGUCUCAAAAAAGACCUCCCCCCUCAAAAAAAAGCUCUUCCUUGAUGCGAAUGUCACUAUUUUGCUAUGUAAAAUAAAACUUUCAUUUUUGAAUUUCUUCCAAA